AUGGAUAAGCCUCUGCUUUCAGAGAAAACCAAGGAAUCCGAGAGAUGGGAUUCGUACCAGUACCUGCAGAGAAACAGCUCCUCUGCUCGUAACGCUUCCUUCGCCGGAGCUGGCGUCACCGUCGAGGAAGUCCGUUCCGCUUCCGCUCUUUCCGAUCCUCCGGCUCUCUAUCCUCCCGUUCUAACGUCCCCCGUUUCGUUGCCCACUCAGCAAGCUAUUGGCUAUCCGAGUGCAUCUGGAGCAGGUCAUGGAUUGCAAAAGCAGGUUCUCGAUGAGAUUGAGAUAAGAGAGCUGCUUAUUGAUCACAUCGGCCACCGUUGCUGUUGGGGAAGCCGUCCUGCUCGGACGUGGAAGAUUCGUGCUGUGGAAGACUGCAAUGUUUACGUUGGAACUCUUGACACUUUCAUUGAAGAGAGGGAAGCUUUAACACAGACAGUGCCUUUCACUGGCGGAAAUUUCAACGGAAAGAAACAUGGAUCUGCACCAGAGUUAUGGCAAUUGGACCUGAGAUCGCAGUUUCCUACGCUCUUUGUCCCCUAUAAAGAAACUCAAGUCCCAGUUCCUCAUUCUGAGACUGUUGACAAGUGCUCAGGUUGCACAGGAAGAGGAGAAGUAGUAUGUCCAACGUGCAACGCAGAUGGUGAUCCAGGAUUUUACAAGGAGAAUCAGGUGAUGAAGUGUCCUGCUUGCUAUGGAAGAGGUUUGAUUGCUCAUAAAGAUGGAUCCGACACAGUGUGCGGAGACUGUAACGGUAAGGGAAAGCUUCCUUGCCCAAAUUGCCAAUCUCGCGGGUUAAUCAAAUGUCAGUCUUGUCACGGUACUGGUUCUCUUCUAACGAGCAGUCUCGCUGUUGUAAAAUGGAAGACUCUGUCGAAGCGAAAGGUGAGUGCAACAAGAGGAGCUGGAUCGGUACCAGAAGAGGUGUUUCACAGAGCAGAAGGUGUUCAGCUUUGCAACACACAAGCUUACCAGUGCACGCCUGCUUACUUUGCAGACUCUUAUUUCCUCAACAAGUUUUCCUCGGAAGUUAUCUCCUUGAGAGCUGAAGUUCCAACAACGGCUAAUGUGGUCUGUGAGAGACACACCAUAUCUGUUGUGCCUGUGACUCGUGUCACCAUGGAAGAUCGUGGCAAAGCUUUCAACUUUUACAUAAUCGGUUUUGGUAAAGAGAUUUACAUGAAAGAUUAUUACCCUGCAAGGUUCUGCUGGGGUUUGUGCCCUUGUCUUGAGUGGUUAAAAGUUUGA